AUGUCUGGAUCUGAUGUUGACCGAAACCUUAAACCUGGGGAAGUGGUUGACAUACCAGAGGAGACUUGGAAUUUGUCACCAGAAGGUGCCGGAGGAUUUGGGCCAUCUGGGAUGGUUUGGGUUGCUGGGUUGGUGAGGAGCGGCCCAGGCAACCCACGCGCCACCAUCGUGGCCUUUGCGGCCGCCAGACAACCUCUAAUGGAGGAAAUUGUGUUGCCCGCCAUUUCUUGUGAUGAAAACUCUGAGGAUGAGAGGAAAACAAAGCUUGGGUCUUUUAAGAAGGCAGCCAACAUGAUUACAAACUCCUUCAAUAAGGGUCGAAGGAACAGCAAGGUAAUGUCUUUCCCUAUGGAGGAUGACAUUGAUGCAGAGGAGCUAAAGGCAGCUCAGGAACUGCGGCAAGCACUUAUCUCGGAAGAACUACUGCCCUCAAAACAUGAUGAUACUCAUAUGAUGCUAAGAUUUCUACGGGCCCGGAAAUUUGACCUUGAGAAAACAAAGCAAAUGUGGUCUGACAUGCUACAAUGGAGGCAGGAAUUUGGUGCUGACACUAUUAUGGAGGACUUUGAGUUCAAGGAAGUUGAUGAAGUCUUGAAAUACUAUCCACAAGGGCAUCAUGGAGUUGAUAAGGAUGGACGGCCGGUCUACAUGGAGAGACUUGGUCAAGUUGAUUCUAACAAACUGAUGCAAGUGACGUCAAUGGAACGUUAUGUGAAGUACCACAUACGGGAGUUUGAGAGGACCUUUGUAUGUAAAUUCCCUGCCUGUUCCAUUUCAGCAAAGAAGCACAUUGAUCAGAGCACCACUAUUCUGGAUGUACAAGGAGUGGGGCUUACAAGCUUAAAUAAAUCUGCAAGGGAACUUAUCCAGCGCCUUCAGAAGGUUGAUGGUGACAAUUAUCCUGAGACCCUGAACCGUAUGUUCAUCAUCAAUGCUGGUUCUGGAUUUAGGCUCUUAUGGAACACUGUCAAAUCUUUCCUUGAUCCCAAGACCACUGCAAAAAUUAACGUUCUUGGAAAUCAAUACCAGAGCAAGUUGCUUGAAAUAAUUGAGGCUAGCGAGCUGCCAGAGUUUUUGGGUGGUACUUGUACUUGUGCUGAUAAGGGUGGCUGUAUGAUAUCAGAUAAGGGCCCAUGGAACGAUCCAGAAAUAAUGAAGAUGGUUCAGAGUUAUCGUGAGGCAAAAAGCAUAAACAACACUCCAUCAGGUGAUAUUGAGGAGAAAGAAGAGAAAGAGGAGAAAAAGGAGAAAGAGGAGAAAGAGGAGAAGACAAUCUCUGAACCGGAGAAGACAAUCUCUGAACCGGAGAAGACACUCUCUGACGAGGAGAAGAUAAUCUCUGAAGAUGAUCAGGCUUGCACAAAUAGAAUGGAUUCUUUCUGCUCAGAAACCUUUUUAGAGGCUGAAAUGCAUGUGGAUCAUCUCUCUUCUGUGCCUGAAGAUCUUUUAACUCCCAGAAUAUGUAAUAGCCCAUAUUUUGAGGCAAUGGACAAGGGAACUGAGAAAGAGGCCGAAAAGCUGAACGCUGCUCUCAACCGACUCAGUGCCUUAGAACAAGAGCUGUCCUCAACCAAGAAGGUUGAGACUCAAAAGGAGGAAAAGCUGAAGGCUGCUCUUGACCGCGUCAAUGCUUUGGAACAAGAGCUGUCAGAAGCCAAGAAAGCACUUGAGGAAGCCCGCCAUAAACAGGAGGAACUUCUAGCCUCGGUUGACAAGGAAAAGAAAGUUUAUUCUGUUGGUGAGGGGGAUCAACGCAAGCAUUUAUCUAGUGUGGUUGAUUUAGUAGUUCAAGUUUGCAUGGUUCUCAGGAGGGAAGAAGUGGAAAUGUCUGCCUAUCUGUGUUGGGCUGUUUGGGAUGACAGGAAUUCUACAUUGCAUUAUUCGUGUUAUAACAGCAGGCAUUGUUGUUGUGCGAGGAGUUCCAAAUUAGCAACCGAAAACCACCCUCCAAUAUGCAGAGUACUCACAAAAGGAGAACAUAUGGAUGGAGGAGGAUCCUCUGUGGCUCUUUCCAUGCCUUGCAACUGGCAGAACAAUGCAAAGCACCACGAUGAAAACUUAGUGGAGCACCACAAUUCACAAUAUCCAGAGGUAGAGCAACCUUGCAAGAUAUCAACCAUGUGUGGUGACACAAUGCCUGGAUCUCUUGACCGACACCUUAAACCUGUUCAUGAAGAAAGUUCUGAGGAUGAGAGGAAGACAAGGCUUGGGUCUCUUAAGCAGAAGGCAAUCAAUGCCUCCUCCAAGUUUAGGCAUUCCUUUACUAAGAAGGGACGAAGAAACAGCAGGGUAAUGUCUGUCCCAAUUGAGGACAACAUUGAUGCAGAGGAGUUACAGGCAGUGGACGCAUUUCGCCAAGCACUUAUCUUGGAAGAACUACUGCCCUCAAAACAUGAUGAUCAUCACAUGAUGCUAAGAUUUUUAAGGGCCAGGAAAUUUGACAUUGAAAAGGCAAAGCAAAUGUGGGCUGAUAUGCUUCUGUGGAGAAAGGAUUUUGGUGCUGACACUAUUAUGGAGGACUUCGAUUUCAAGGAAAUUGAUGAAGUGUUGAAGUACUAUCCCCAAGGACAUCAUGGAGUUGAUAAGGAGGGACGACCUAUCUACAUUGAGAGGCUUGGUCAAGUCGAUUCUACCAAGCUAAUGCAAGUGACAACAAUGGAUCGUUAUGUGAAGUACCACGUCCGGGAGUUCGAGAGGACCUUUGUGUGCAAAUUCCCUGCAUGUUCCAUUGCAGCAAAGAAGCACAUUGAUCAGAGCACUACUAUUCUGGAUGUCCAAGGAGUGGGGUUUAAACAUUUCAACAAGUCUGCAAGGGAACUUAUCCAGACCCUUAAUAAGAUUGAUGGUGACAACUAUCCUGAGACCCUCAACCGUAUGUUCAUCAUCAAUGCUGGUUCUGGAUUUAGACUUUUAUGGAACACUGUGAAGUCUUUCCUUGAUCCCAAGACCACUGCAAAAAUCAAUGUUCUGGGAAACAAAUACCAGAGCAAGCUGCUUGAAAUAAUUGACGCUAGCGAGCUGCCAGAGUUUUUGGGUGGUACAUGUACUUGUGCUGAUAAGGGUGGUUGUAUGCGUUCUGAUAAGGGUCCAUGGAAUGAUCCAGAUAUAAUUAAGAUGGUUCAUAAUGGUGAAGGAAGAUGCCCGAGGAAGAGUUUGUCAGGAAUUGAGGAGAAGAUAAUUUCUGAAGAUGAGAAUGCAUAUUCAAAGAGAUAUGAUUCUCUGAAAUCGAAAACCGUUCAAGAGGUUGACGUGCAUUGCCAAGUGGAGCAUCAAAGACUUUCUCAUGUGCCUAAGGAAGUUCCAAUGGCCAAGAAGGGCAAUCGGGGCUAUGAGCAUGACAACUUCAGACCAAUGGUUAGCAAGACUGUUGAUUCAACUUGGCCUAAAUCAGUUCAUUAUGAUAAAUUUGCCCUUGGUGGAGAUUGCUUCUCUGUGCAUGAUGCUUGCAAGGUUCCUGAAGGACUAACCAAUCAAUUACUUUCUGCAAUCAUGGCCUUUAUCAUGGGUAUUGUCGCCAUGGUUCGAUUGGCACGAAGCAUGCCAAGGAAACUCACUGAGGCUACCCUCUAUGGAAACCCUGUUUACUACAAUGGAAUGGUGGUUAAAGGCCAACCGUUGCCUGCACCUGCCAUCUCCAGCAAUGACUACAUGAACAUGAUGAAACGCAUGGCCGAAUUGGAGGAGAAAGUGAAUGCUCUCAGCUCAAAACCCACAGUCAUGCCACCCGAGAAAGAGGACCUGCUGAAUGUUGCUCUCAACCGAGUCAAUGCCUUGGAACAAGAACUGUCAGCAACCAAGAAGGCACUUGAGGACACCCUUGUUCGACAGGACGAGCUUAUAGCCUUGCUUGAGAAGAAGAAUAAGAAAAAGAAGAAGAGAAGCAAAACCCUUUCAAAUGGUAAGGUGAUAGCUCCGGUGAUUCGAUUGGAUGCCCUGGAUGAACCACUGAACAUUCAGUGUCAGCUGCUGGUGGCGACGUUUCGAUUGUGA